AUGAAUCUUUUGGGUGCCGCCGCCCGCUCCUUUGUUUCCGUUUACAACCUUUUCACCGGCUGCAGUUGCGUCGCUCAUAAGCUGUUUCUUAAACUCAUUUGCGACGUUGGUGAAUACAUCUUUCUCACUGUUAUCGUCAUACGCAAAUUUCUUAUCAAGCAUCUUCCUCACCGCGCCGUUAUGCUUCAAAAUGGUCUCUUCAAUCCAGCCUUUGACAAUUUCGUGUCCGAAUUUAGGCCCGCUGAACGCUUUAAAAUAAAAAUCCACCUUACUCUUAAUCCCAAGCAGACCUUUGCCACCUUCAUUUUUCCAACCCGAACCUCCCUUCCCCUUGAUCUCCCCAACCUUAUCUUUAAUAUGCUCGAAAAUCUUAUCAAUAGUCUUCAACGUACUGCCUUGAUCAAACUUCCCGCCAAGCACCUUAAUCGCCGUGUCAACAUCAUUGACCUUUUGGCUAAGUGGAGUUUGGAUCUGCUCCUUAAACUUACUUUCAAGCCCAUUCGUCAGCGACACGAUCGACUUAUUAACAUCCUUGACAGUAAUCUUAUCAAGCUCACUCUUCUGCUUUUCAAGCGUUUUCAAAGGUUCUCUCACAAGAUCAUUAUCUUGUGGUUUGCUGUCAACAGUUGCAGAAAGAUUCUCAAUCCUUUGCUUCAACGUCCCCAAAUCCUUUUUCACAAAACUAUCCAAGGUCUUAACCUGCAACGUAUCAAUCACCCUCCCUAUCUCACUUUUAAUCUUAUCUCUCACAGUCCUCAAAUCUACCUUAAGAGAUUUGUCCAUGUCCACAACAACCUCCAAAGCCGCAGUGACUUUCUGCUCCACAGUAUCCUUGGCCGUCUUCGCAGCAUUAAAAAGCUUUUUACCCUGAUCUUGUAA